UCCGCUUAACCCUUCCUCCGCCGGAACCAGGGCUCAGAAGGGUGAGGGUUGAGGGUCCGGAUUUCCGGGGUGGUACGGACCAGGCUUCUGGAAACUGGGACUGCCAGGUGCAAGGGAGGGCGAAGCUGAGGGCCCGGACUCCUGGGUCCUGGGAAAAGGGGGACUAGGCUCUCGGAGUCCCGCAGAAUGGGGCCUGGACUCUUAGGUCUGAAGAGGGGAUGGGGACUGGACUUCUGGAGCCCCGUGAGCCGGAGUGAACGCAGCCACUGCCCAUCACAGACCGUGAAGAAGCUCCUGGAAGAACAGAGGCGCCGUCAGCAGCAGCCGGACGCUGGUGGGGUACCGGGACAGUUUCCGCCUCCCCUGGCCCAGUCCCUGACCCAAUCUGUGAAUGAGAGUGAGGCUGGCCAUUCUCGCUUCCCAGUACACCAAGAGACUGUGGGUUCUGGACUUGGCAGCCUGGCUCCCACCACAGGCUUUCCAGACUGGGACCCCAACACGCAUGCUGCCUACACAGACAGCCCCUACUCUUACCCUGCUUCUGCUGCUGAAGGCUUCCCGACUCCUGACUUCUACCCGCCCUCCGACCCAGGGCGGCAGUGUUCAUUUUCUGUGGGGAUGGAGGACUCCCUGGAUACCCGGCUUUAUGCAGAACCUUCCCUGCCACAGGCAGGAUCCUGGAGAGGUUCCGGACUCCCCCUAGGACCCCCACAGUUACCCCCUAUGGCCACUGGACCAUCCCUGGACACAGCCCGUGCUCACAUGCUGGCUUUGGGGCCACAACAGCUGCUGGCCCAGGACGAGGAGGGAGACACGCUCCUGCAUCUGUUCGCGGCUCGGGGGCUGCGCUGGGCAGCAUAUGCCGCAGCUGAGAUGCUCCAAGUGUACAAACAUCUGGACAUCCGUGAGCAUAAGGGCAAGACCCCUCUCCUGGUGGCUGCUGCCGCCAACCAGCCCCUCAUUGUGGAGGAUCUACUGAACCUCGGAGCAGAGCCCAAUGCCACUGAUCAUCAGGGACGUUCUGUCUUGCAUGUGGCUGCUACCUAUGGGCUUCCAGGAGUCCUCUCGGCUGUGAUUAACUCGGGGGUUCAGGUUGACCUAGAAGCCAGAGACUUCGAGGGCCUCACCCCUCUCCACACAGCCAUCCUGGCCCUCAACGUUGCUAUGCACCCACCUGACCUAUGUCCCCGGGUGCUGAGCACCCAGGCCCGAGACAGGCUGGCUUGUGUCCAGAUGUUGCUGCACAUGGGUGCUGAUCACACCAGCCAGGAGAUCAAGAGCAAUAAGACAGUUCUGCAUCUGGCUGUGCAGGCCGCCAAUCCUACCCUGGUUCAGCUGCUGCUUGAGCUGCCCCAGGGAGACUUGCGGGCCUUUGUCAACAUGAAGGCCCAUGGGAACACAGCCCUCCACAUGGCGGCCGCCCUGCCCCCUGGGCCCCCCCAGGAGGCUAUUGUGCGGCGCCUGCUGGCAGCUGGGGCAGAUCCAACACUGCGAAACCUGGAGAAUGAGCAGCCCAUCCACCUGCUGCGGCCUGGGCCGGGCCCUGAGGGGCUCCGGCAGCUAUUGAAGAGGAGCCGUGUGGCACCCCCAGGCUUGUCCUCUUAGGACUCAAACCCAGAACCUGGACUGAUUUUCCAGUCCCCACCGUCCUGUGGGACAGCCAGCGUAUGCUAAUGUUGCAAAUCCAUGAUAAUGUAUGUGGAAUGUCCUGCCAUCGGGGUCUUACAUUAAAACCCCAACAUGGCUGCUGGGGGUAAACAAUCCCCAAUAUUUGGGGUGGCGUAAUACCCCUCCCCCACCCACAAGGAGCCCUCUUGAUGAUUUCUGUGAAAUCGAGGCCCCUUGAUUGUUUCUGUGAAACACCCUAGACCCCUAACCCUUUCUCCAUUGGGAUCUUUUGGGACCCCUUCCCUACUCAACUCUAGUUCAACUCACCUAGAACCCCAGAUGGGAUUUCCCUACACAGUACUUGGGGUACCCCCAGAAUAGCUCCCAGUGUCAUCCAGUAGAGCUCCUAAGAUGACCCCCCAAACCUCCGCAGGACCCACACCAUUCAGGUCCUUACCCCUGAGACAUAGGGAAGGACUCUCCUAGAUUGGAGUCCCCUAGGUCCUAUGCUUUCUAAUUCAGAACUCAGAUCUCCGCCCUUCCAGUGAAUCCCUCCCCUUUCUGAAACUCCUUAUUAAACUCAGUUUGGACUGCA